UGCGCGCGCGCACGGCUCAGUCCAGUCCGUCUCGAGGUAAAAUGGCGACGGGUGCCAUUUCCAUGGAGAGUAAGAAAAUAUCCGAAUUAAGAGUUGUUGAUCUGAAAUCCGAGCUCAAACGCAGGAAUUUGGACACCUCGGGUGUGAAAAGCGUCCUUCUCGCAAGACUGAGACAGGCUAUUGAGGAUGAAGGUGGUGACCCAGAAAACAUCCAAGUCCAGCCUCCAACUGACACGCCAACUCGUAAAGGUGGAAAAGCUAAAGGGAAAAGAGUGGAUUCAGAUGCAGACACCACCGGGGAAGAAGAUGUGUUUUCCAAGGAAACUGAAGAGUACGAAUCAGAAAAAGAUGUAACUGAUACAGAUGAUGGUACUCGUGAAAAUUCUAAGCCAGCAUCCUCUGAAGACAGCCUCACUCAGCCAGAGGCUGAGGCUGAACCGGACUCAGAAGAUGUGGGAGCUGAGGCUGAUUCAGAGCCUGAGCCAGAGGUGGAUGCAGACGCUGAGCCAGAGGUGGAUGCAGACGCUGAGCCAGAGGCUGAUGAGGACGCUGACCCAGAGAUGGAUGAUGAGGCUGCUGACCCAGAGAUGGAUGAUGAGGCUGAGCCAGAGGUGGAGACCGAACUGGCCGAGGAGAUGGAUGCUGAAGCCAUGAAUUCCUCUAAAGAAGCUGAGGACGAUCACCUAUCCGUCUCAAUCCAAAAUGAAGAUGCCAUCACCCUAGAUGUUGAUGGCGACGAUCUCCUGGAAACAGGUAAACAUGUGAAACUUCCAGAUUCAGAGGCCGAGAAGGGCACUGAUGAGCCAGAGGCCUCUGCUGAGACGGGCCCAGAUGAUGAUGACAUGAAAGCCGAAGAGAGCGACGGCCACAAAGAUGGUAAGAAAGAUGAUGGAUCCAGGGGUGAGCCCACGAAGAAAGACGGCAGAGAGGCCUUGAAGAAAGCUGAAACGGGAGAUAAAGAAAAGGAUUCUGGGAAGAAAGGCCCCUCCACUACUGGGGCAUCAGGUCAAGCAAAGAGCUCUUCAAGAGACAGAGAUGGAAAAGCUGCAAAAGAUGACAAAGGAGUCGUUAGCGGUAGCAGCAACAGCAGCUCUUCUCGUAACAUAUGGGUGAGCGGCCUAUCUUCAAACACCAAAGCAGCUGAUCUAAAGAACCUGUUUGGCAAAUAUGGGAAGGUUUUGAGCGCUAAGGUGGUCACAAAUGCUCGCAGUCCUGGUUCAAAGUGUUAUGGUUUGGUGACAAUGUCUUCCAGUACAGAGGUGACACGGUGUGUCUCCCACCUUGACUGUACAGAGCUUCAUGGACAGCAGAUAUAUGUUGAACGGGCCAAAAAUGAUCCGUUCAAAAAAGAAGUCUCAAAGAAAGAAACGGAGGACAAACCAAGUUCCAACAAAUCAAGUGACAAGCGCGGCUCCACUGGGAUAAAGCUAACUAACAAAACGCCCCCAUCUUACAAAAAAGAAGACAAGAAAUUGGAUAAAGCCUCAGAAAAGGACAAAGAUUUAUCCAAGAAACAGGAGGCCAAAAGCGGAAAAUCGGACUCUGUCUCGUCGAACUCGGGACAAGAUUCUUCGAAGAAAGAUGACAGAAAGCAUGGGCGUGCAAAGAGCCCUGGCAAGAUGGUUGGGCUACAUCAUGCCAAAGGAGAUUCUAAUUUUGGCAAAAUGAGACCUUUCAGGAGGGGAAGGUAUUUUGAUAAACCCUUUGUCAACAUGAACAUUCAAAGGAGGCCGAAAUGGUUGAUUCCUCCUGAAGAGUUGGAGAUGAUGAAAGACAAACAGCGGCCUUUUUUUAACAAGGGGGAAGGCAUCCUGCCCUUUGAGAAGAUGAAGGAGCAGAGGAUGCGUGAACGCAUGGCUCGUGUGGAGCGUGUCCGCAGAGCCGUAGAGUUGCGCAGGCGGCGUGAGAUUGCCGAACGAGAACGCCGGGAGCGUGAGCGGGUCCGUCUAUUGCGGGAGCGUGAAGAACGGGAGAACCUGCUCCGGGAGCGCCAGAGACUGGAGAUGGAGAGACAAAAACUGGAAAGGGAACGCUUAGAGAGGGAGAGGCUUGAGAGAGAGCGAAUCCGUAUAGAGCAGGAGCGGCGUAAAGAGGCAGAGCGCAUGGCACGUGAACGCGAGGAGCUACGGAGGCAGCAGGAGCAGCUUCGUUAUGAGCAAGAAAAGAGAAACAACCUCAAAAGAGGCCGUGAAGUGGAACACGGUCGGAGAGACGAUGCCUAUUGGAAUGGUAACAAGAAGAUGCAGGCUGAGUCUGAUGUGCGUUUGAACCAGGGAUCGAACUACAACCGGCAGCAGAACCGCUUUUCAAACUUCAACCCAAGAGAGAGGGCUCGCUUCCCAGAGGCUGCUACUGAACAGCCCAACACAUAUGACAGACGCAAUCGCUUUGACAGCGAGCCAGAGGUAAAGAAAAGUCGCCCCGCUCCUCACAGAGAGAGCUCUGGCUUUGAGCGCUACCCCAAGAGCUUUGAAACAGUCCGCAGACCUGAGCCACCGCCUCCACCACGCACCGAGCUCCGUGACACAGACCGCAGGGACAGAGAUGAGAGGCGACCUGUGCCCAUGCAUGAUCGCCCUAUGGGAGCCAGACCCACAAUGCAGAGCAUGUCACACAACCGCUCACCCAGGGAUGGAGGGCAUGGGUGGAAGAAUGAUGGCAGUAUAAACACCAACAAGGGAGAUAUACGAGGACCGAUGCGCAUGCGUGCAGAGCGAUCAGGCAGAGAUGGUCCAGGCCCUUCACUUAGAGGAGGCUCCACGAGCAGCCGGGGAAGGAGCAGCUUUAAUGAUCGAGAUGGAAGACCCAUGGUGAUGAGUAACCAGCCAUUCAGCUCUGGUCGUCAGGUGGUGGUGGAACGUCACAACAGGGAGCAGGGACUGAGGAAGGAGUGGCACGGUGGAUCAAGCUCCCAGGAAAGAGGGUUCCCUGAUAAUCGCAGGAUGGGAGACAGCCGCGGCAGCAUGAUGGCUCCUUCCAGUCACUCUUCAUCUGGACUGAACCGAAUUGUACAGAUCACCAACAACUCUAUUCCCAGUGGAGGCAACGUGGGGGGCUUCAAGCCCUACAAAGGAACGCAGAGACAGUUCUAACCGCAUCCAAAUUCUGCCACUUUGAAGCAGCUCAAAAUCUGAAGACUUUUCUGAACUCUUUAUUUUUAGUAAAUCAACUGUUUUAGGUGGGACACUUGUAGCCACGAGGUUGAUAACACUAUUUUAUUUUGUAUAGACAAAGUGUUUACCUCAGUGUGGGGUUUCCUGACAGUUGUGCUGUUACACGAAACAACCCUGUGCACAUGUUUUACUUCUAUAGGAAGAUAUUGUACAGUUCUAGAUCUUUGUUACACGUUUUCAAGUGGUGUUACCAACUUCUCUAAUUGAGUGUUGUAUGUACAUUUUCAGUAGUUGAGUGUAACACUCAAGUUUUCCUGUGUUAUGUCUUAUUUUAGUGUAAUAUUGAACUCCUAAAGUGACAGGAAUCAUUCACUCAUUUGGAGGCUUCUCAGUGAGAGAACCGAUGACAUAGGACUAAUUAUUUUGAAAAGUCAUGCUUGGUGUGGAUGUCCUGUUUUUGUAAAGGUUGUUGGAUUUGCUAAAACAAUGUCAAACUGUAAACUAGCCUGCUUUGUAGCAAAAUUCCUCUGAUCGGCCAUGAGUUGAAUUACAUACAGGCUCUGAAAUAAAAAUGUGACUUUCCA